AUGGGUAGCGCAUUCACCGACGAAAUAUCAAACAAACUUAAAUUGGCAAUCAAGAAAAAAUUGGAAGAGCUUGAUGUACCGGCUGACAAGGAUCUCCUUCAAUAUAUUAUGCUAAUGAUAGCUAAUAAGAAGGAUAAAACAGAAAUGAGGGAAAACCUUCUAUUGUUCAUGGGGAAAAUCACCCCUAAGUUUGUCGACUGGUUGUUUGAAGUGUGUGAGCAACUUACCAGUAGCUCCGCUAGUAGUUCCUCGAAGGUAAAAGCGGCGGACGAGUUAAAAAAAAAGGACUCUUCGGGACCAAAAGAUACCGUAGAUACUACAGAUAGAAAGCCUCGUAGAGAUUCAGACAGGGAAAAAGCAAAGGAGAGGGAGAGAGAACGAGAGAGAGAAAAAGAACGAGAAAAGGAAAAAGAAAAGGAGAAGGAAAAAGAACGAGAAAGAGAAAAGGAUAGAAAGGAAAAAGAGAGAAAAGAGGAGGACAGAAAACGCAGAGAACGAGACAGAGAACGUGAAAAAAGAGAAGAAGAACGACGCUCAAGGGAGUUUGCUAGAGUUCGACGACGUACAAGGUCCAGAACGGUUUCUGAGGCUUCGUAUGAUUCAGAGGAAGAAGGAAUUAAAAAGGUUCAAUCAAGAGUUGUCGUUUCUAGAAACAUGAACGGCAGUCCUGAAGCUGCUAAAGUUUCAUCUCAAGUCAUUGUUAAGCGGAAACUGAGGCCGAUACCUGAUGAGAAGGAAGCUAAAUCUAGAUCACAGUUAAUGUUCAUGAAAGCUCUAUCUGAAGCUAGUGCUAGUGCCGGUUAUGGAAGUUCUGGAUCUGCAAAGCCUUCUUCUUCUUCCACUUCUACUUCUUCGAAGCCAAAACCUCAAGAAGUGGCUAAACCAGCAUUGAUUAGCAGAUUAACUGUACCACCUGGCAAAUCGAUUGUAAUGGAUCAUGAGGAAGAAAAUGAUCCCGGACUUGUAAUUGGACAAAGUUCUAAAAAAGCUGGUCCAAGAAUAACAGUUACCCUCACAGGAGCCAAAACCCAUUUACCCAGUCUGAAGGCUGGAUCGAAAAGGAAACUCAGCCAUCUUAGUGGUAGAGUGGAACCCAGAGUGAUCCAAAGAGUACAUGAUGAAAACGAGCGAGUUUCUCCAACCUAUAUGAAGUGGGACGGUAAAAUAAACGUACGAGAUGAAGAUAUGUCAGAAGAAGACGACGAAGACGCUAUCGAUGCCAUAGUAGCUUCUACACGAACAGUUAUGGAUGACGAAGACCUCCCUCCUAUCCCGCAUUUGAGCAGAGGAUCAAAUUAUCUUCAGAAGGAACAUGAUGGACCUAAGCCUCCUGAGCGUUGCAAGUUCUGGCCUAAUUGUAGGCAAGGAGAUACUUGCGCCUUUGCUCAUCCAAGCAGGACUUGCUCAAAUUUCCCAAAUUGUACUUUUGGCAAUAGAUGUUUAUACAUUCAUCCACUCUGCCGCUUCGGGUUGAAUUGCACGAAACAAGGAUGCAUCUUUACUCAUGGAGGCAAAGUGACUGGACUGGUUCCUACUAUGCCUCAGAAGAAACCUACCCCUCUUGCUGCUUCGACUCCAAAUGAAUCGGACGAUGUCGGACCAACUGUUCCCCUGUCAGCUGAACCACCCCAACUCAGUUCUUUCACUCCUUGCCGUUUUGGUGCGGCUUGUACUAAACUCGGAUGCACAUUUAAACAUCCUCAGGCUUGUCGUUAUGGAGCCGCAUGUUAUAAUCAGGGAUGUUACUUUUAUCAUCCACCCUCCACCGGAACAAAUCCUACUACUACUGCCCCCGGUGCAGCAACAACUGCCAAAUAUAAGUGGAAAGCUGAAACUUCUACAGCUACCCAAGCCGUUUAG